GGAGCUUCGGUCAUGGCGGACCAAGAGGAGACAUUUGUCCUCCAAAACUCCCCGGAUGAGUCGGAUUCAAGGGAAUUACAGAACGACAAUAAACCAGAGAAACAGAACGGGACUUCCACUAAAUCCCCGUCGUCACAGACAACUUACAUUCAGCAGGGAAUGGAGGGAAUAAAGGUCUACCUGCACGAAAGGGAACUGUGGAUGAAGUUUCACGAGGUGGGCACGGAAAUGAUCAUAACCAAAGCCGGACGGAGAAUGUUCCCCAGCUUCAAGGUUAAGGUUACGGGAUUAAACCCCAAAACGAAAUAUAUUCUCCUGAUGGAUGUUGUUCCCGCAGAUGAUCAUCGAUACAAAUUCGCCGACAAUAAAUGGUCUGUGACCGGGAAAGCUGAGCCCGCCAUGCCCGGGAGGCUCUAUGUCCACCCGGACUCUCCCGCUACCGGGGCGCACUGGAUGAGGCAGCUCGUCUCCUUCCAGAAACUGAAGCUGACUAACAACCACCUGGACCCAUUCGGACACAUCAUAUUAAAUUCGAUGCACAAGUAUCAGCCGAGGAUUCACAUCGUGAAAGCGGACGAGAAUAACGGUUUUGGCUCCAAAAACACGGCCUUCUGCACCCACGUCUUCCCGGAGACAGCCUUCAUCGCGGUCACGUCCUAUCAGAACCAUAAGAUCACCCAGCUGAAGAUCGAGAACAACCCGUUCGCGAAAGGCUUCCGUGGAAGUGAUGAUAUGGAGUUACACCGGAUGUCCAGAAUGCAAAGUACCAAGGAGUAUCCAGUAGUACCUCGCAGUACAGUGCGACAGAGAGUUGGUUCCAGCCAGAGUCCGUUCGGCGGGGAUGUCCAGGGUAUGGCCACACCCAGCACCCUGAGCUCUCAGUACUCCCAGUGCGAGAAUGGGGUCACAAGCACCUCACAGGACAUGCUGCCUCAGUCGGGCUCCUACCCACUGCCACAUGAGCACGGCCAAGAAUACCACUGCAUCAAAAGGAAAGUGGAGGAUGACUGUCACUCAGGUGAGCACAGUUAUAAGAAAGCCUAUCUGGAAAACUCAUCCAGCGAGGAAGACCAUUACUACCGGCCAAUUGGCUACACCCAGGGCCUCAGCCUCGCCACUGGGCCCUACCGCAGUGAAUCCAGCCAGCGGCAGGCCUGCAUGUAUGCCAGCGCCUCGCAAGGAGCUGAAUCUGUUCCCAGUUUGGAGGACAUCAGUUGUAACACAUGGGCCAGCGUCUCGCCCUACGGCAGUUGUUCCGUCACCACCAUGCAGCCGAUGGAGAGACUACCCUACCAGCACUUCUCCGCUCACUUCACUUCAGGGUCUCUGGUGUCCAGACUGGGUGGGGUGGGAGGCCACGCCUCUCCGCAGCUGGGCGACGGCCACCACGCGGCUAUGUACCAGAGCUCCAUGGCCCAUCAGACUCUGGGCCGCCAGUGCAGUCCCGGGACUGGGAUCCAGUCGCCAACAGCUGGCCUACAGGGAAAUGAAUACCUCUACACACAUGGCAUACCGCGCACACUAUCGCCACACCAGUACCACUCUGUACAUAGUGUCAGCAUCAUGCCAGAGUGGAGUGAGAACAGCUAAAACAAAGGUUUUUUUUUCCACACUCAACAGAUACAAAGAAAAGAAAAGACACAAAAGGACCAAAAUAAGCUGGGUGUAGGUGAAUUUAUAUUUAUAUAUUUUUGACAAUGUGUGGCUGUUCAUCUUAAAGAGAUCCAUGUUUUUCAUGCGGAACACGAGAUAUUCGUAGGGUGGUGUUGACUUGAAGAGGAAGCAUUUUAUCAGUUAAGUAGUUGUGACAGCAUCUGCACUCAUAAGAAAGCAACAUACGCAUUAAUGAAAAGGAGCUGGACCAGAGCACACACAAGGACUGCUCAAGUGCAGAGAACACUGACAGUAAACAGAACAGAAAUGCUUUGGAUGCUUGGCCGGCAGCCUCUAGCUGGACGCUAUUCUUGUGCAGUGUUGUCUUUUUUGCAUGUGUGUGUUUCUUUUUUAUUGCCUUUUGGAUGUCAGUGGCCAGUGAAUAUAUUUUCAGCUUUUUCUCAUCAAGUUCAAAACUUGUUUUAUAUUCAUGUCACAAAUUUAUUGUUUUUUUCUUCUUUAUCACAUUAGCCUUAGUUGUCAUUAUCUUUUACUUUUUUGUAGUUUACCUAAGUUGUAACAGUGCAAAAACAUUUUUUUUAAAAAGAAAGAAAAGAUAAUGCUGUAAGUAUUUGUUGUGGCCCUUGGAUGAGAAUGCUUGCUCCUAAAUCUGUCCAAAAUGGGAUUUUGAAAUGAUUACCGGUAUGCGUAUGGUAGAAAUCUCCCGUUAAAUGGUUUGUUGUUUUUUUCUUUUUUCUGUUUGUUUGUUUUUUUGUUGUUUUCUUUUUUUUUUGGUAAAGACCUUUCAGGCAGACUCACUCUUCAGUAAGUGAAGUAACAGAAAUGUCACUGCCAAAAAGAAGUGCAGAAAUGCAGACCAUGACACCAACAACACCUUGAAGAGUUAUUUGCAUCAGGCUGGUAUCUGUACGAACAUAGAGCUAGUGAUUUCCAUGAUGCCUUUUGAGAAUCAUCCCGCAUUUUGCUAUAUUUGAGAACUUAAUGUGAAAUCAUGUUAUACGGUGUAGUUCUUGACUUAUCAAGCAGAGGUUUCUAGCUGCUGUUGCAUACACUCUUGCUUUUCUUAAAGGUGGUUCAUUUCUUGCAGUAGCCCAUUCGAUAGUUUCUUAAGGCAAUUAUGUAAAUUUUUGGAUUCAGUAUUUUCUUUUUCUUUCUUUUUGGUAAAGUGUAGAACUACAUUUGGCACCAUUAAAGCACUGGUGGAAUAGGGGGAAGAGAAGUUUUAACCUGAAACAUAUUUACUCUGAUGAUCUAAUAUCGAAACUGCUACUUAAUGACGUUCACUUUCUAGGGUAUGUUGGACUACAGUGGACUCAAGUUAAAUUUAGAAAACAUGCCCAUAUAAUACUACCCAUUUCUGACCUGAAGAUACAUUACCUGCUGUCAAGUGUACAGUAUACAUCUAAUAUAAAAUUUCACGCACUAACUUCAGUUCAACAAAAUAUUGCCAAUAUGACAUGUAGUCUCCUGUGUGAGUCACUAGAAGUCAAUGAAGUAUUCAAGGACAACAGUGUCUGAUAAUAAAACGUAACUGAGACUCAGACAGUAAAACUUUAUUACCAAUAUUCAAGAUCCAUAUUUACUACUUGAUAUUUUUUAUAAAUGAACAUUUAAUAUUAACUGUAUAUCACAAUUAUACCUCAGUUCAUCAUGUGGUUAGAGACAGUGUUUCAGUUUUUUGUGACUUCUGAAUGUUUAAGCAGGAACAAAAUUAUCAGCAUAUUGAGUAUUGUCAGUAACAUGAUGAGGGUGUUGAUAACUGUUUAGUUAUUUACGUUUCUCUCCUCCUUGUGGGCAAGAACUCAACAAAACACAUUUAAGAGUUGUAAUCACCCACACGUAUUUAGAGAUCUACAGAUGGGCAUGAAAAUGCAGUUACCAGUUACCCUUGGGCUGUCAGACUCGGAAAAUUAAGUUGGUAAAGUCUGGCCAGUGAUAAAAAAUGUUUUAACAUCGUAAAAACUGCAUUUACAGCAUUUUUUAACUAUGUAAACACCACUGAAAUAUGCUUAGCAUUCCUAAAUAUGGCUCACAAAAGUUGGAAAAUGCAAUAAUACAGAUAAACUAGUCUUAUCUUUCAACAGGUCAACAUUAUCUCUUUUUUGUUACUUGCUAUUUUAAAAUUGGUUCAUAGCACUUUCUCGGGCACACAUCACUUAUAAAACUGAAGAAAUGUCAAUUCUUUGUGUGCUUGAGCUUAUCCUACAGUAGCAGUCAUCCACUGUAGGGGAACCAGAGUGCUACUUCAUUCACAUUUGCAUUAGUUUGAUUUCUAAAGACCAACUCCAGUGUGGCAAUUAAACAGUAUAGACUCAUUUUAUUUUGCAUCUAAAAGAUAAUAGUUAUUACUAAUUUUCCCAAAAUAAAAACCUUGCUUAUCUUGAAUAAGUUCUUCAUCUUUUGAGAAAUGGUAAAUAUGUGUUUUAUGCAGUCUCAUCUUGUACACAGUGAAUGUGUGGGCUCUGAAAUAUUAUGUUUAAUAUUUCUUAAAAUGGCACUUGAGACAGUCAAACAUGUAAAGUAGCAGCCAGACAUCACAUAGAAUGUAAAUUUGAAAAUGCGAAUGACAUUUACUUGAUACACAUUACAAAUCAAAGAUCCGUUUCACCAUGCAGUUGAGUGUAUGUUAGGGGUAUGUUUUACAUGUGGAUAAAGGUUAAUUUUGAAGUCCUUGUAGGUGUUAGGAUGUUUUUUGUCAAUAGUAUUUAUUUUUCAACUAUGUAAAUCAGCUUGCUCUUUCAUAUAUCAAAGAUAGUUGGUCCAGUUUUUAUAGCCCGCUUUUUAUGAUUGUAUAGGAUUUUCUAAUCGUACUUACUCAUAAAACAAGAGAUUACUAUACAGCUGUCAAAAGUAUCAAAAUAAGAUUGAAAAACAAAAAUACAUAACUGUGUAAAUAUUCAUGUACAUAACAGAAUAUCUGCAAUAAAUUAAAAAAAAUAAACAAAGUGUGUUGUAU